AUGGCCGUGCCCUGGAAGGAAUACUUCCGCCUGGCCUUACAAGAGAAGCUGCCGAGGAAGAUUCUAGAGCAGGAUGUGCAUCACUUCCCCCGGGUGUUGAGGCUUUUGGAGAAGAGGCAAGAGCUGGCAGACGCAGACAGAGGCCUGAAAGCACAGAAAGAGAUAUUCCAGAACAAGAUGGCAGCCCUGCAGCAGCGCAGGGAACAGCUGGAACAGAAGGAGCAGGAGCUAAAGGGGUCCUUUUUCCGUUUUGACAAGUUCUUACAGGAUUCUGAGGCCCGGCGUAGCCGCGUGCUGAACAGGGCGAGGGAGGAGCGGCAACGCGCCGGCCGCCAGGAGGCGGAGGCAUUGCGGCUGCGCGCCCAGUUGGAGGAGCUACAGCGAGAGCGCGCGCGGCUGCAGCUCAGGGUGGAGCGCCUGGCGCCUUUCGCGCGCCUGCUGGAACAAGUGCUGGAGCAGCUGCCCGAGUUCCAGGAGGUCACCGAACUGGUGGCGCGCUUCGAUGGCCUGGCAGACACGCAGGCGGUGCUGAGGCGCACGGAGCGUGAGCAGCUGGCGGAGCUGGAGGCGGCGCGGGCAAGGUUGCAGCGACUGCGGGACACCUGGCAGGACGAGGUGCUGCGGCAAAGCCAGCAGCGUGCGCAGCUGCAGGAGCGCCUGGAACAGGCCCAAGAACGGACCCUGCACUGGGAAUCCAAGUGGAUUCAGAUCCAGAACACAGCAGCAGAGAAAACCCUGCUCUUGGGAAGGGCCAGGAUGGCAGCACUCAGUUUGUUCCAGGUGGUAAGCCAGCACCAGAAGCAGCCCCCUGCCCUGGACCUGGAGGACACUGAGGGUCAGCUGGAGCAGGUGAAGGUGUUCAUCCAAGAUCUCUCCAGCAUUCUGGCCAGCCUCCAUCAGACUGAACCCUGA